UUGGAUAAAUGUAUCCUACUUAUUCAGGUGGGUGGGGUCAACCGUAUCCUUAUUAUAACUCGGCUUAUGGUGGAUAUCCUUAUAAUCAAAGCUAUGGUUAUCCUCCCGUACCAUCAGCAGCUCCUCCGCCUCCUCCUGGAACUCCUUUUUAUGGCUAUCAACCAACCAGGCCAUCAUUUUAUCCCACACAGUUGCCAAACUAUGUACCACAACAGCAAGUAAAUCCUGCACCAGCUUUGACUUUUGAAGGUUUUAAUAGUGAAGAUACUCAGAAAAUACAGCAAACUGAGAAACAACGACUCGUUCAAUUCGUGAAGCUUAGUGCUUUUGAGGAGUCGCGAUAUGAAGAACUAUGGAAAAAGGCGUCAAAAGGAGCACCAACUUUGAAAGGAAAACCUGCAAAAGACUUUUUUGAACACGCUGUUGGUGUGCAACGCCCGACUUUGAAGAGGAUAUGGUCUAUUGCCGAUGUGAACCAUCAAGGAGAACUAGACAGACAGGACUUUUUUAUAGCUUUAAGACUAAUAGCCAUUGCUCAAAGAGGUUCAGAUCCUUCUGUAUAUAGUCUUCAGAGAUUUGCGGGUAUGCAGCUGAUUCCAGACUUUAAGUGGGAAACAGGCACAGGAGAAAGCUUUUCAGAAAAAAAUACUUCUCAACGAACUAGUCCUCAGACAGCCAACAAUAUGAAGAAAGAUGAAUCCUCUUAUAAAAUUACAGAGGAACAGAAAGCUUAUUAUGAUCAGACUUUUGCAGAGUUGGACUGGGCUCAUAGCAGCUAUAUCUCUUUUUCGCAAGCAAAUGACUACUUCUCACAAUCUGGUCUGGCAGAUCAUUUGAUUCAGCGCAUUUUGAAGCUCUCAGAUAUCUCUGCUGAUGAAAAAUUGGAUAAGUUUGAAUUUCGUGUUGCAGCACAUUUAUUUUUAUUAGCAAGUAAUGGGGAACAACUUCCUUCAGAACUUCCUUAUAGUUUGGCAUUAGAGCUUAAUGCACCUGCUCAACAGACAAGUUCAAAAGACAAUCCAAUGAAUUAUGAUGUUGAAGCAUUACGCUCACAUCUUUCAGAUGCCAAACUUGAAACGGAUAAAACAAAGCGAAAGAUUCAAGAAAUCCAAGAAAAGUUGACACGUUUGCGUAGUGAGAAGAAAGUUCUACAGGAUCAAAUCAAGUCCUACGAUACCGAGAUUCAACAGAUUCGUUCCCAGAUGAAUGAUGUACAAGCCAAUUAUUAUGUAGAAACCUCUUUUUUCCCAAGUGAAAUGGAAACUCGUCGAAUGAAUGGAGGAACGAAUAUGAAUCCUAACAAUAAGAAUGUAAACUCAAAUAACGGCAUGCAGGAUCCUUCUGGACAGCCUAGUGAUUUGCCUCCUCCACCUUCAUAUGAUGAAAUUAUGGAUUCUCAAGGCAAGUCGGGAAUGAAUAAUCCUUCAACUGGGUCUGCAGCUACACCAAGUCCACCAACUUCAGACAAGUCUGGAAAAGCUGGUAAUUUUUCAAUAUUUUCAAACGUUUUCUCUCGUCGUGCAUCUGAAAAGAAAAAUCAAUAAAGGGAUAACUUUUCGGCUAUCAAUUGGAAGAUGACUCUGUGGUAUUCGGAAUACUUUUUGUUGAUUGAUGUUUAUGGCCAUCUUUAAAGUUGUUUAUAACUUCUUUGGCAACUCAUAUUCACUUGUCUGUUCAACAUAAGAAUAUCUCUUUUACAAACAUAAAGUUUCACUUUCAGUU